AUGUCCAAUCCGACUCUGAUCAACCUGCCGCCGCCGCCCUCUGACCCCGUCACGCCGUCCGAUGUGCCAUCUCGAAGCGGCACUCCCAACUCCACCACGACAUCCAUGUCCGAACUCUCCACCGUCGCCAUCAAAGACGGCCACCGCGGCCACCUCCCCCACCACGGCCACGGCGCCCAACACCAGUCCUCGGGCCUGAGCAAUCAACUCGAUGCAGAACGCGCCGACCGCAUCUCCCGUCUCGCAGGCCUUGAGCGCGUCACCACCGCCCGCAACCCCCAGACCCCGACCAACCUCACCCCUGGCGCAACCGCCCCUCCCCCACCAGGUACCACCUACUUCGACGCCUCGGGUAACCCCGCCGCCGCCCGCGAACGCAGCACCGUCGGCAGCGCUUCCGCGACGGGUAGUGUCGGCGCGCGAACCACGUGGGCCGGCAGCGAAGCAGGUGGAGAUUUUGACAAGAUGAGCGAGUCGCAAGACAUGGACAUGGACACCUCUUCGGUCGGCGGCAUGUCCGAGGAAGGCACGGCCAGCCUGGUCGGUUUCGGCGAGGGAGCACGCACACCAGCCCGACAGAGCACGAUCUCCAGUCCCGGCGUUGGAGGCAAGAGCGCGACCACGCCCAGAGACGCCCGCAUGAUCGACGGCAUGACGUACGACGAGAACGUGGUGGACACCACGAGCGAUUUGCGGCGGAGCGCGCAGAGUCCCACGGGAUCGGAACAGGCGGAGCGAAUCGUGCGGGAGAACAUGAACACGACGAGCGCGGAUCGCAUGCGCCGCGGCCAGAACUCGGCCGAUCAUCUGGGACGGUUCGGGUUUGAGAAGUAG